CUGUGCAUUGUGGGUAUGGGCUCCUCCCCACGUGUCUCCGUGAAGCCGAGUCAACAUGGUACCGACAGCUCUCAGAUGCCCGGUUUAGACACUACUCCUGCUCAUGUGCGCACUUCUCAGACACGGAUGUGCUAUUUGGAACCGUAGAGUGAAGUGUGCAGGUCGGGUCUCUGAGAUCAGCUGAUCCUGUUACUUCUCCUCUCAAUCAAUCAAUAUGGCCAGCGGGGACGACGACGACCCCAUUAUAGAGGAGAUCGAUGUGUAUCUUGCCAAAAGCCUUUCCGAUAAGCUGUAUCUUUUCCAGUACCCUCUCCGACCAUCCACUAUGACGUACGACGAUGUCAACCACUUAUCGGCGAAGAUCAAACCCAAGCAGCAACGGGUGGAGUUGGAGAUGGCCAUAGACGCGAUGAGUCCAAACUACUGUCGCAGUAAAGGGGAGCAGAUCGCUCUGAAUGUGGACGGGACGGCCUACGACGAAACCAACACGUUUUCAUCGAAAAUGAUGGAUAAACAGUCCUUCACCUCCAUCCAGGCCACCACUAACACCUGCAGAUAUGCUGCUGCUGUGUUUCGGAAAGGCGAACUUCAUAUCACCCCUCUGACGGGAAUCCUCCAGAUGAGACCGAGCUUCUCUUACCUCGACAAGGCCGACACCAAAACCAGAGAGAGGGAAGCGGCCAAUGAGGGUGGAGAUUCCUCCCAGGAUGAAGCGGAGGAGGAUGUGAAGGCCAUCACGGUGAGGUUUUCCCGCCCCGAGUCUGAGCAGGCGCGGCAAAGGCGGCUCCAGUCGUACGAGUUCCUCCAGAAGAAGCAAGCGGAGGAGCCGUGGGUUCACCUGCACUACCACGGGGUCAAGGAUGGGCGCUCGGAGCACGAACGGCAGUACCUGCUCUGCCAGUCGAUGGACGCCGCCGAGAACUCCGAACUGGUCAAAACUCCCAAGGAGUACCUCACCAUGCUGAUGCCGCCUCUUGCAGAGGAAAAACUUGUGAAACCAGUCGGCCCCAGCAACGUGCUCUCCAUGGCUCAACUGCGCACUCUCCCACUGGGAGAGCAAGUGAAGACGCUGUUGAAGAACGUCAAGGUGAUGCCGUUCGCUAACCUGAUGGGCCUGCUCGCCUCCGGCACAGACUCCACCGCCGCGCUGCGCUGCAUCCAGCAGGUGGCGCUGCUGGUUCAGGGCAACUGGGUGGUGAAGAGUGAUGUUCUGUAUCCCAAAAACACCUGCAGCCCUCACAGCGGCGUCCCUGCCGAGGUGCUCUGUCGCGGCCGGGACUUUGUGAUGUGGAGGUUCACCAGGGAGCGCUCUGUGAUGAGGAAGGAGGUUACAGCCAUCAUCAAACUUCCUCCGGAGGAUGUGAAGGAGUUCCUGGAGCACGUGGCCGUUCCUCGAGUGAACCGGGGCUGGGAGUUCCUGCUUCCUACGGAUGCCGAGUUCAUUAAGAAGCACCCGGACAUCGGCCACAGGCAGCAGAUGCUGUGGCUCGGCAUCCAGAGCAAGUUGGAAAAGGUCUUCAACUUCUCCAAAGAAGACUUCGGGCCGAAGGAUUCCCCGCAGCCCGAGCCGGUCCACGUCAGCGGGGAGCAGCGCCUGAAGGCGGCUCACGAGCGCGCCGAAGGGAACAAGUCGUCCCUGCAGAGGCAGCUGGACGGCAGGCGGGCCGGAGGCGCCGUCGACGUGAAGCGGGAGCACGUCAGCGACCGGGAGGACGAGCCCAUGGACGCCUCGUCCUCCGUCCCCAACGGCUCGUCCAACGGUCACCCCGGGGCCGCCGCCGACCACGGCAACGGCGGGAGCGCGUCGUCGCAGGAGCUGCAGGACUUUGUGAUGAAGACUUUCAGGAAGCACUUUGUACUGACGCUCAGCGAGUUCAAGAGGCUGCUGAGCCUCCACGUCGCCUCCAUGCCGGUGGGACGCAGCGUCUUCCCCCCCAUCUCGGACCACAUGCUACAGGACGCCAUACUGCUCUGCCACUGCAAACAGAUAAUGGUGCCUUUUCCUGCUCAGACCACAGCGGCGCCCGAUGAACAGAAGGUGUUUGCGUUGUGGGACACGGGAGCGGAAUUCGACAAGCAUCGCCGGGUGCUGUACGACAUGUUCAACAAGAACUACCGCAUCAGGAGGAACGCGUUGCAGGUCAAACUGUCUCAGGAGCUCGGAGACGUGCCGAAGACGGACGUCAACCGGCUGCUGCAGGAGUGCUGCAUCAGCCACGCCGGGAUGUGGUACCUGAACGGAACGUUACAGUCCUGACACGGAGACCCCGCCCCUCUUCCUCCUUCUCCUCCACCUCUUCCUCGUCAUCGGCAGCCAGUCGAGCCGCUCCCGGGUGUCUAGUGGGAGGACGUCCUGCGAGGGAGGCGGGCGGCGAUUGGGGGACAUAAGAUGUCUGCGGCUGAAGCAGGUCGGACACUGACGCGACGGUGAUGCGGCGCGGAGGAUCGGAACCCCUCACGUCCUCCCACCAAGAGCCGACGCGCCUGAGGGUAGAAUACGAAUGUCCACAAAUAGCAAGAUAUCUAUACGGUUUAUAAGUAGAGUUUGAGAUUUCAUUGGACCUUAUGUUAGUUUUUCUUUAUUAUUAUUAUUAAUGAAAAAUCAGGAUGACAGUCACUAUUUAAAGCAGCGUGGCUCAAAGUCCUUUAAUUUUUCUCCUGAUUUCUAAAUGUUGCCAGAGGAAGCGAGUGUUACUGUAUCAUCAACAGGUCCAACAUGUUCACGCCUUGUGAGGAGAAAAGCCAGUUUUUUAGUAUUAACUCCACCAAAUGAAAGAGUUGAGCUUUGAACGGGACCCGUUGCUUUAAAACCUCUCGAGGCACUUGAGGAAAUAUCUGCGAAUUCACGCGUUGGCAAAAACUGAAACGAAAAGGGAGAAAAAAUAUGCAAAAACAAGCAAAAAGUCCCUGAUGUCGUCAUUAUUAUUAUUAUUAUUAUUGGCCAUCAUAAAUCUGUAAACAUGGCGGAGUCGGAUGUAAACCGUUAUGAGGUGUGAUUCUGGAUGAAUGCAUAAAGUUUGAAAUGGUUUUCCUUCGGGAAGAGACUGAUUUUGAUUAUAGCCAAUAAAAUUGCAAUGUCAAAUUCUU